AUGGCCUAUUCCGAUGUGCAAAUGUUUGAAGAUGAAUUUCCACUUGUCCGGAGUUGUCCUAAACUGCACAAACUUCGUACUGCACGCGAGUUAACCGAUCUUACCAUUCAGGCAAUUGAAGAAACGCAAGUUUCUGCAUGUGCAUCGACUGAUUGUGGCCUGCAGGAUUCCUUCCUUACGCGCGGCGAUGACGGAAACGACUUCAGUACUCAAAUGGCCAACGGUCUCCCUCGAGUAGACUUACCUUCCUUCCUAAUGAUUCUUUUAUCAGGCCGACUUGAAAUAACCCCUACCAAUGCGAUGAAUAUGAUCAUGUUAGCUAAACAGUUGUCGCUUCCCUGUGUGGAAGAUUGGGCUGUCACAUUUUUAUCAGCCAGACUUCAGGAUGAUAACCUUUCGGAAUGCUGGCAUUUCGCGACAGCCGCGAACUGUGCAGGUCUCCGCGAAGGCUGCCUGCGUCACAUGAAGGCAUUUUUCGAGGCAACCGUUGCCAGCGGUCUUUUCCUUCAACUUCCUGCCAAUGUGUUACUUUCCAUGUUGCGCGACGGUGACUUGCAAGUGACUAAUGAAGAGAAGGUUUUCGACGCAAUAAAAAGAUGGGUCUGUCCAACUGGAAGCGUAGAUGAAAGCAGGAUUGUGCAUGCUCCGGACAUGCUGAGAGAGGUGCGCUGGAAUCAAACGACGCACCGUUUUAGGAGGCGUCUGCUCGAGAGUGACGAUCUCAUCGUCAGCAAUGCCAGCUGCAUGCAGCGUGUAGGUCUUGCGGACCAUUGGAUAAGAUAUUGUGGCUCAAGAAACCAAGAGGAAUGUCCCUUUAACGCUAAUCAUCGACCGGCAAGCCUUGCGAGUUGUGUUCUCGUCUUUGGAGAAUCAGCGGCGAAUGGCCUGUCUACGGUUUACCAGUACGAUGUGGAGACAAGUACUUGCGAGGAAGUGAGUGCCAUGGAACGUCUUGAGGACGCAAGCUUCCUGGCCCAAGGUGGUGAGCUUUUGCUUGUUAUCUUCGGAAAUGCAAGUUUAGGUUAA